AACAUCAAGCACACUUUUUAACUAGCCAUAAUCAAAGUUAACAAUGAAGAUGACACGAAGUACCGGAACCCGCUUUGUCCCAUCUAGUGCUCCGCGGGCUGUUGCCCGCCUACGUGGUUUCCAUCAGAAAAACCCACCAUCCAGCAGCCGCAGUCGCUCCGAGAAGCAUGCGGAGACUCACAG